UCAAAAACUUUUGAAAUCUCAACAGGAUCAGAGGUUAAUACAAUUUCUGAUGAAGUUGAAUCAGAAAUAUGAUCAUUCAAAGAGCACUAUUCUUAUGAUGUCUCCAUUGCCAACAAUUUCAAAGGCAUAUGGACUACUCCUGCAAGAAGAGCAGCAGAAAGAAGUCAACAGCAACAGGACUCAUAAUAUGGAAUCAACUGUGUUUACUGCAAGCAAGUUUACUGACAAUAGACCAUAUAAAUCUACCUAUGCUUCUAACUCUGGUAAUUUUGGUGUUCAGAAUGCAAGCAGUGGAAAUCAGCAAAGGAAUUUUACCUAUUCUAGAAAUAAUCUGUACUGUGAACAUUGCAAGAUGAAAAACCACACUGUUGACAAGUGUUGGAAACUACAUGGCUAUCCUAAAGAUUUCAAAGGCAGAGGAAAAAGAGUAGCAGCAGCAGCUCAGUUGGAAGAAUUCACUGAGAAAGAAAACCAAAUUGAGUCAGACAUAGGAGUGGUUCAUGCAACUUUCACAGAAGAGCAAUACAAUCAGCUUUUAAGCUUUCUCAACACUCAGAAAACUGCUAAUCAAGCUGAACACUCAGGCUCUAGUUCACUUGGACUAGCAACUGCUACUCAGCUGAGAGGACCUUUCCAAGAACAAGCACAUUCUGCUUGGUAAGUUGGACAAAGGCCUAUAUUGCUUAGAUGAAGACUUACUAUCAGACAGUUCAAAGUCCAAUAACUAUGCUCUUUCAAGUACUUCAGCAAUUGAAGAAGCCAAACUGUGGCAUCUUAGGCUAGGACAUAUUUCUUUUGGCAAAAUAAAGAAUAUUAAAGGCAUUGAUGUCAAGGGUUGUUUAGCUGAGUGUUUCUGUCAAAUCUGUCCCUUAGCC